CGGCUGGCGCUGGAGUCCGGGACAUUGGCUGCACAGGCGGAGCGGCGGCAGCAAGCGCAGAGUCCCCCGUCAGAGCAUGAGAGGAGCCUCUCGCCUGCCCGGCUGCUGACACUCGCCCGCCCGCAUGGGGUCCGCGCUGGCCUCCCCUCAGCGCCGCUGAACUCGGGUCCCUCACUCCGCGGUUGACGGACUUUGGCCGCUGAGCCAGGGGGCGGAAACGAGCCCGGUCCCCGGAUCCACCGGCAGGCAGCCUGGGCGGAGCAGCAGCGGCAGACAGAGCAGUCGCCGCGGCAGCGAGAUGGGGAGCAAGGUGCACUACCGGUAUCAUUGGCAGAGUCACAAUGUCAAGCACAGCGGAGUGGAUGAUAUGGUUCUUCUCUCCAAAAUCACAGAGGAUUCUAUAGUGGAGAAUCUAAAGAAACGAUACAUGGAUGAUUAUAUUUUUACAUAUAUUGGAUCUGUGUUAAUCUCUGUGAAUCCUUUCAAACAGAUGCCAUACUUUGGAGAAAAGGAAAUUGAAAUGUACCAAGGAGCUGCUCAGUAUGAAAAUCCACCUCAUAUCUAUGCUCUAGCGGACAACAUGUACAGAAACAUGAUUAUUGACAGAGAAAACCAGUGUGUCAUUAUCAGUGGUGAAAGUGGUGCUGGAAAGACUGUAGCUGCUAAAUAUAUCAUGAGUUACAUCUCAAAAAUAUCAGGAGGUGGUCCCAAGGUUCAGCAUGUGAAGGACAUUAUUCUGCAGUCAAACCCUUUACUGGAAGCCUUCGGGAAUGCGAAGACUGUUCGGAACAAUAACUCCAGCAGAUUUGGAAAAUAUUUUGAAAUCCAGUUUAGCCCAGGUGGGGAGCCAGAUGGUGGAAAGAUCUCCAAUUUUCUCCUGGAAAAGUCUCGGGUGGUAAUGAGGAAUCCCGGAGAGAGGAGUUUUCACAUUUUUUAUCAGCUUAUUGAAGGUGCUUCCUCCGAGCAAAAACACAGUCUGGGCAUUACCAGUAUGGAUUACUAUUACUAUCUGAGCCUCUCUGGAUCCUACAAAGUAGAUGACAUAAAUGACAAAUCUGAUUUUCAGGAAACUCUGCAUGCAAUGAAUGUGAUUGGGAUCUUUGCAGAGGAACAGACCUUGGUACUACAGAUUGUGGCAGGAGUGCUGCACUUGGGAAAUAUCAGCUUUAAAGAAGUUGGCAACUAUGCUGCUGUGGAGAGUGAAGAGUUUUUGGCUUUCCCUGCUUUCCUCCUGGGAAUUAACCAGAGCCGCUUGAAAGAGAAACUGACCAGCAGACAGAUGGACAGUAAGUGGGGAGGCAAAUCAGAGUCCAUUAACGUGACGCUCAAUGUGGAACAGGCCUGCUACACCAGAGAUGCUCUAGCCAAAGCUCUUCAUGCCCGCAUCUUUGACUACCUGGUGGAGUCUAUCAAUAAGGCUAUGGAGAAAGACUAUGAAGAGUAUAACAUUGGUGUCUUGGAUAUUUAUGGCUUUGAAAUAUUCCAGAAAAAUGGUUUUGAACAGUUCUGCAUCAACUUUGUUAAUGAAAAACUACAGCAGAUUUUUAUUGAACUAACAUUGAAGGCAGAACAGGAAGAAUAUGUGCAAGAAGGAAUUAGGUGGACACCCAUAGAUUAUUUCAACAACAAAAUAGUAUGUGACCUCAUUGAGAACAAAGUGAAUCCCCCUGGAAUUAUGAGCAUUCUGGAUGAUGUGUGCGCCACAAUGCAUGCAGUGGGAGAGGGAGCUGACCAGACGCUGCUCCAGAAGCUUCAGAUGCAGAUUGGGACCCAUGAACAUUUCAACAGCUGGAACCAGGGAUUUAUCAUCCACCAUUAUGCAGGAAAGGUAUCCUAUGAUAUGGAUGGAUUCUGUGAGAGGAAUCGGGACGUUCUUUUCAUGGACUUGAUUGAACUCAUGCAGAGCAGUGAGCUACCUUUUAUAAAGGCUCUGUUUCCUGAAAACCUUCAAGCAGACAAGAAGGGCCGCCCAACCACUGCUGGCAGUAAAAUUAAGAAACAAGCAAAUGAUCUUGUUGGUACCCUGAUGAAAUGUACACCUCACUAUAUCCGCUGCAUCAAGCCCAAUGAAACCAAGAAGCCUCGAGAUUGGGAGGAGAGCAGGGUAAAGCAUCAAGUGGAAUACCUAGGCCUGAAAGAAAAUAUUCGAGUAAGGAGAGCAGGCUAUGCCUACAGACGGGUAUUCAAAAAGUUUUUGCAGAGAUAUGCCAUUCUGACCAAAGCAACCUGGCCUUCCUGGAAAGGAGAUGAGAAACAAGGGAUUCUCCACCUGCUCCGCUCAGUCAAUAUGGACCCUGAUCAGUACCAGCUUGGGAAAACUAAGAUCUUCAUCAAAGCUCCAGAGUCUCUGUUUUUGCUUGAAGAGAUGAGAGAACGGAAGUAUGAUAGAUAUGCUAGGGCAAUCCAGAAAGCAUGGAGGAAAUACAUGGCCAGGAAGAAGUAUGUACAAAUGAGAGAAGAAGCCUCAGAUCUGUUGCUGAACAAGAAAGAGAGAAGACGAAACAGCAUCAACAGGAACUUUAUUGGGGACUACAUAGGCAUGGAAGAGCAUCCAGAGCUACGUCAAAAGGGUAUAGGGCAGUUCCAUUCACCCAAGGAUUCCAAUCUGAAGGAAAAUUAUUACUUUUGGGACAGAUGGAUGCAUAUGAUUUCUGCUUAUUUGUGUGCUUCUUGUUUAGCCAAUUUUAGGUGCCUGUGGAUUUUGAUGAUGCUGUACAUUUAUAUUUUUUCAAAUCAUUUCACAUUUCAGGGUGUGAAGCGAGACCUUGUCCUUACCCCAAAGUGCAUAUAUCUGAUUGGGCGUGAAAAGGUGAAGCAAGGUCCAGAAAAAGGUCUGGUGAAGGAGGUGUUAAAGCGGAGGAUUGAGGUGGAAAGAAUUCUUUCUGUUUCCCUAAGCACAAUGCAAGAUGACAUUUUCAUUCUACAUGAGCAGGAAUAUGAUAGUUUGCUUGAAUCAGUCUUCAAAACAGAAUUUUUAAGCCUUUUAUCUAAGCGAUAUGAAGAGAAAACACAAAGAAAACUACCUCUGAAAUUUAGCAAUAUACUUGAAAUGAAGCUGAAGAAGGAGAAUUGGGGACCAUGGAGUGCAGGUGGUUCUCGCCAAGUGCAAUUUAUGCAAGGCCAAGGAGAUUUAGCCAUCUUCAAGCCAAGUAACAAGGUGCUGCAGGUCAGCAUUGGACCAGGACUACCAAAGAAUUCCCGCCCCACGAGACGGAACAUGACCCAAAGCAGAGGGUAUUCCCACAGGACUCAAACUCAGAAUUACCCCAUGAGGGCUGCUCCACCUCCCCCAGGUCACCAUCAAAAUGGAGUGAUAAAAAUCCCGCAGUUUGUGUCACGUCCCCACAUGCCAAGAAACCAAGGAGCCAGUCAGAAGAACCUGUAUACAACCUGUAUGAUGCGCCCACCAUUACCACAGCAACUCUCAGCAGGAUCAGACAAGAUUUCACACCAACCACAAAGUCUGGACUUCCUCAAGGUUCCCGACCAAGGGGCUGCUGGUGUUCGCAGGCAGACAACAAAUCGGCCCCCACCAGCUGGAGGGAGACCUAAACCACAGCCAAAACCCAAGCCUCAGGUACCACAGUGCCGGGCACUGUAUGCAUAUGAUGCUCAGGACACAGAUGAACUUAGCUUUAAUGCCAAUGACAUAAUUGAUAUAAUCAAAGAAGAUCCCUCAGGUUGGUGGACAGGCCGAUUACGAGGGAAGCAAGGACUGUUCCCCAACAACUAUGUGACCAAGAUGUAACAAAAUACUAAGAAGGUUUUGUUAAAUGAAGAAUAUGAUGCUUUCCCUUCCCUCUCUUUUCUAUGAGGUUAAACGGCAAUUCUUCUCAGAGGCCUGCAAUUCUUAGCAGCAUCUUCACCGGUGAAGUUGUAUACAAGCAAGAAAGUGUCACUCAGUUUACUGCCCAUAAAGCAAAUGUGCAGAUCUGUGCCUCAGAUACACAUAGGGAAGUACUGAAAAGGAUUUAUUUAUUAUAUUUAAACCUGUUUCUAGGGCAGAGUGAAUGAAGGGGUGUUUAGUUCUUAUAGUUUUCCUGAAACUGCACAGUGCUUUGCAAUCUGGGACCAAGGACUUUGGAAAGGUUGUAUUU